UUGGUGUAUCUGAGCCUUCCCACCACCUCGAGAAGUGAGCGAGGGCUUUGUGAGUUUGGGGCAUUCAAAGUGGCUGCCGUCUGGAGCCCGGGUUUACAGAUCUCGCUCUGGCGCGCCCAUGUUUAGAGCUCUGCAGCUUUUUGAUAAAGCUAGAUGGUAAUAUGGGCUCACACACUCUCAUUGACUUGUGUCCUCCGAAGCCAGAAGGAUUCCAGCAGCUCAAGGCUGUUUUGUGAGUGGAGACUGAUGGCCAAUCAGAAUAGGUGUUUCUUAUUUAUGGCAGGUUUACUGUGGGCUAGAUUGUACCUUCAGACUGAGACCUGAGCAAGGUGAGAUUCAUAAAUGACACCACGCCUUACCCCCAGAAGCAGCCUAGGGAGGUCCUAUGCUGCAGAGACUGCCCUCAGAGGCACAUUUCCUUUCCUGGUUCCUUAGGCUGCAGCUUACUCCCUCAUUAUGUCUGACCAGCCACUCUCAGGGGAGUGGUUGGGAGCUUUGGCUCUGCUUCUCCUCUCACACUUCCUUACCCACGAGAAUUGCAGAGGGUAGGGGCUCCAUCCCACACCAGGCUCAAUCGGUCUGUCUGUCGUGUGCUUACAUGGCCCUCGUCACCAUAGUCUCAGAAACCCUGGACCCAGGUAGGCUGAGCAAAGCUGUGAGGUGCCUUACUCCUCUGCUAGGCUGAGCAAGACAAGGGCAUAAUGCUGCUCUGUCAUUUAGCUUUAUUAACCUAUUGUCAUUAUGCAUCAUGGGCCCAACCCACUGCAGGCCUUCAGUGCAUUGAGCUCCUGCAGGAUCUGUUUCUCUAGUCUUAAAAAAUAAUACAACUAUUUGGAUGUAAAAUAAUAAUGAUUGGGUGAAAAAUACCAAAAGAACAGUGUCAAUAAUGAUCUGGUUGCUUUAGCUUAUUGUCCUUUCUGGACAUUUCUUGUAGAGUUUCAUAGAGGAAAAUCAACUUUCUAUAGUGCUUGUCAUACCAUCCCACAGACUUUAAUAGGGAAUUCUAUCCCUGCUACAGAAUUCUAUAGGACGGUUUAAAAAAACUAUGGAAAGGACCUUAUUCGCUAUUAAGCUCUGUAGGUUUGAGAGUCCUUUCUAUAGAAACUUCUUAAUUCCUUCCUUGUUAAAAUCUAUAGGACAUUCUCAUAAGGACCAGGUGCCCCAAAUGUAUGCUUCAGAACAGGGAUUUUCAAACCCAAAUUGCGCAGAUGUCUGAAAAUCCCUUCCUACAACCAUACAAUACAGUUCACUGCGGCUAGCAUGUCUGUCAGGCUCCAGGCAUGUCUCUGGCAAAGGAAUUGACUGCAGGAGGCGACUCCUCCAGUAAGAGUUGGCUGAGUAUGUAGCCCUGAUUCUGAAGAUCCUGCUUCAAACUGAUGAGCUCCGUCAACUCCCAUAGACUUCAGCACCCUGGAGGGUCAGGCCCCAAAGGCUGCACCUAAAAUAACCCGGUGACCAAGCAAAGCAAACAAUUUGCAGUUUGUUUGAAUACAGAAGAGUUAAUCACCCUGACAGUUAUUUCUAGUAACGUCUUUUUUUAAUUGCUAAGAGUUAUAUUUAGUCCCCUAUGUGAACUCAAUUGAACAGGAGUCUCCAGUUACUUCUAAAUCUGGCACAGCUCUGAUGCAUCAGCACCUGCCGCUGUUAUUUUGCUGAUCUAUAUUAACAAACAACAACAACCCAGAUCAUAAUCUCCAGUAAGACCAGUCUAGUACAUCUGAUUUUAUAGCUAUGAAGCUGACACUUCUGCAUAGUCUCAUUGAUGUUCAGAUGCAGAUUCACGUGCUUUGAACCCAAUCAAGAAGAUCUUUCUUCACGCAACUUUUUCUAAACAUGGAUGAGCUUGGAGCUGUCUGCUCCAAAGGCAGAUUUGGUUUCAAGCUCUGCAGAGACAGAAUACAUUCUUGGCAUUGAGACAAGUUUGGCACCCACUUUGGGAAUGGUGUGGUUGGAUCCCUCUGCUAUGACAUGACUGUCUAAGUCAGUGUCAGAUGUACUCUUAACAGUCUCAGCUUUAUUUCACUAUGGUACUGAUGUUCGGGGAGCUGGGUAAAGCCUUUGGCAUCUGGACACUGAAAUGCUCACAAGAACACACGUUACUUGCCACAGUACCCUGAGUACUUCCAAAGGCUGGCAACCUAUAAUGUGCAUGUGAUCAGGGUUUUGCUCUUUAUUAUGACCGUAUCAAACAGCGGGGAUGGAAAACGAGCCCCCGGAGAAGAUCAGGUUCUCAAGUCUCAGGGGAAAUAGCACCAGCUCCACCAAAUAUAAAGUGGAGCCUGAGUUGCAUUGUUUCAAAUGGACCCCUCUGAACCUAGCAUGUGCUGCAGGGAAUAAAAAAUGAUCCCCGCAGUGAAAAGAAAUACUGUCCAGUUCUCUAGGCCAGGGCAGCCCCCUGAGCCUGAUGGAUUAAGUGGGGAGGGGAUCUUCAGUGACUCUGAAUGCAACGAAGCUGCUUCAGAAAAGAACAGCCACACACCUAGCCAGUCCCAAGGGGACUCCCUAAAGGACACAUCGGACUCCUCUGUUUCUUCUUACCACACUGCUCUGUGCUCAGAGGCGGCGGAGAGUUUUAAGGACUGCGUGGAAUCUCUGGAAGAUGAAGGGGACACUCUGUUAACCCAGCCGCCUGAUGGUGACCCAGCUGAUGAAAGCGAUCUGCAUCGCAAGAACAAAACUGCACCGGUGAGCCUUUCUGAACAGAGCCUGGCUGGCCUGAAAGGUUUUUGGAGGGGCACUUCUGAGGACCCAGCUGAGCAACUACAUGGGACACCAAGUGAUUUUGACAAAGCCACAUGGGAGCUGCCUGAUAAAAAUAGCAAAGAGGCUGGUGAUAUUUGUGCUGCUGCCUCUAUGGCCGUAGUUCAUUCAGCUUUAAAUAGAAGCCAGGCUUCAGGGGGGAGUUUAACAACCUCAGCUGAGAGAACAUUUAGCCCCCAGGCAGGCAGGGAGUGUGCAGCAAGCAAUCAAGUUUGCAGAUACAGAGACUACCUCAGUGCCAAGGAGAAGCAACAGGUUCAGAUGUCAAUCACGGGCCCUGCUAAGAAUAGCUCUGUUCCAGGGUACAGCAGCAGGAUGGGGCUAGCCACAAGAGAGCUGCAGCCUGGAGACAGUGGGUCUAAAUAUUUGGAUUCGCCUUUACGAUUCAAUGCACCGAAACCCAAGGAGAUGUUCCUCAAAGAGCGCAAUACGAAGGGCAGCAGAGCUCCUGUGAUUAGCAAGGCCCCCUGCCCCCAGUAUUACGCUGACAACUCCAGUGCUGGGAGCGACUCCGAAGAGGCUGAUAAUGAAGUUCAGAAGCUCACUGCUCUGUCGUUCCGGAGCCUCUCGUGCCCUCACGGUGGUUCCCUACAUAUGUACAGUUCUAGUAACAGGACAUCGUCUAGCUUGUCCAAUUCCUUGUCAGAAGACAGUAAUGGAAUGAACAGGUGGUCAACGCGUAAUGAGCUGAGAAAAGCAGAGGUGGUCAGCCAGGCAAAGGGCAGCAGACAAUUCCCAGCUGCCAGCCAAGUCCCAGAAAAAGAUCCGCCCAGUUACUCAUUCGGGAAGGACCCGUUCGAGUGCGUUGAUGUGGUGCUGGAAAGCGCCGACGGCAAAAAGGGCCACUCCAAAAAGAGGACCGUGCCCAAGCGGCAGAUCCAGCUCAAGCAGAGAGACAGGAAUGAGAUGAAUUUCCUCAGAGCAGGGGACUGCGCUGACCAGCAGCCCUUUGCAGCACCCAGGAACGACCCCUGCCCAAAGGGCAGGACCAUCAGCAAUGAAUUCAGGAUAAACUACAAACAGUUUCUGAGAACAGCGUCAUUAGACGACUCGUACAGCAAAACCAGGAUGGCCUCCUGCCUGGUGAAAAAUGUGCUGGCCAAGAAAAUGCAGUACGAGCAGAGGAUCAGAAUGGAGCAGAAAUCGAUGCAGGGCAGCUCGAUCUCUUCUUUACCAUCCUCCGUAAGUACAGACCUCGUGGGGGAUUUCACGGAAGGGAAGUCAAGUUCUCUGUCCAAGUCCGACUGCAGCUGUUCAGCUGAAGAUCUGCAGAGUCAUUCAAUGAGCGAAAGGUCUGAGUCAAUGAGCCAAGAAAGCACUGAUGCCAUGCGGCCAACCAAAGGGGUAGUGCUGAACGAGCAGCAAAGGGAAAAUGUCUGCAAGCUGAAAAAGACGUUCAACGAGCUGAAUGAAAGACUGAAGUCUCAAGAAGCCACCCAGUCCAAGCCACUCCCCAUCUUGGCAGAUGGCGUGAACAGGGAUUCAGGCGACUGCAGGAAGCAGGUUGCCAGAGAGAGGAAAGAAUACUGGAGAGCUCGUGCCCUGUUUGAAUCCAAGCAGGCUGAGGUGAAAGGCUUGGGUGUUGCCCCGACGUUUUCCAAAGCACAAAAGCCAUGGCCCAGUUUGAAGCAGCGAGCGAUCAGCAAGAACAAGCACGCGUCAUGGAAAGAGGAGAAGGUCUCCUUCAAGCCAAAAAGUUUGGUGGUGCCCAGGGAUCCAGCCAGGAACAUCUUCACAUCCACAACACAGGAGAUGAAACUGAUCCCACAGAGCAAACCCGAGCAGCAGCAGAAGAUGCUGAAUGUCUCCAGGCAGCUGACUCCGGAGGGAGGUGCCGAGGAGAAGAGGCCAGCAGCAGUGCAGAGCACCAAGUAUUCCUCUCUCAUUUUGCCCACUUCCUGCAGAUCACGCAGCGAUGGGAAAAGCAGCCCCCCUGAAGCAUCGCGUGCUCAAGAGGCCAAGAAGACAGAGAGUAAAGGGAGGGGGCGAAUACAUCAGCCCAGGGACGUCAGAAAGUUAGUUAAGAACACCUAUAACUUGUGCUUUAAAUCUUCAGACAGCUUCAAUAUAGACCAAGAAACCAACAGUGGGGAUAGCAUAAGCCUAUCAACAAAGGAGUCCACUGCAACCUCCCCUCUGUUUAUACACUGCACCUCAGUGUGUCGCAAAGAUGAUGUGCAAACGAAGACCCGUUCACAUGGAAAAAACCAGGAGCAGCAGUUGAACUUAGAUGUGUCAGCGCUUUCCAUACCAGAUCAGAGAGCGAGUGACCGGCAACACAAUGCCGCUUUAAACCCCGUCACUAAGCCCCACGUGGAUGAACCUGUCAGUCUUACCGAAAACAAAUGCACUGCAGUGGGUGAAUCUCCCAUCCACAUCACUCAAAUUCAGUCCAAGAAGAAGGUUGUAGCUGGGAAUGAAGAACCCCAGCUAAAGCCUGAAAAUAAACCAGUGUGUUACGAGAGGAGUGAGCUAAAUGUAACACCAUGUUCCAAAGCCACGAGGAAAGCACCUCAGAUGGAAUCCCAGCUUAAUAUUAAAGUCAACAGUUCUCUUUCCAAGCAUCCACACAGAACACAAGCUGACCACUUCCUUGCUCCAACUUACUCAGCUUCGGAUGGAAGAGCUACGAAAGACUCAUCGACACAAGCUAAUUGCAACUCGCUAGAAAAAAGCAAAGCUGUUCUGUUUCAAUCUUCAGCCUCUCCUAAGGACACCAAGAACCACACUGACAUCAAUCGCAAAACCACCAUGCCAGGUCAUUUUCAGGAGGCUCACGCCCACAAGGAGCCUGAGUGGCCAUUUCAGAAGGAUUUAUCCACUGAGAUCAUUUCACUGACACCUUGUGACAGUCAAGACUUUUCUGUCAGUCCAAAAGAAGAAAACAAUGUCUCUGAACAGACCAAGGAAGGCUACAGACAUCUACAGCCCAUAAAGCCAACAGUGACAAGUACCCAAACAUCCCACACAAACACACCAGCAAACAAUCAGUCUGUUAACAGUUCGUAUCAGCAGAAGGCCCAGAAUAAAAUGUUUGAUACCCCCAGGCCGUUGGAUAGCCAGGUGUUUGUGCCAGCAACCCGCAUGUCUCCAGAGUGUGCCAAUUCCAAUGCCUCCUUGAGAUCAAAGGAAUACAGUGAAGAAACCAGACUACCAGGAGUUCCUUCUGCUGCACCAUCACCACCAGCUGGAAAGCUCCAAGAUCAGAGGGAGAAUUGGGAUCACUUGAACAGACAGCAGGCAGGAAACGAGCAAUAUUUCACAGCCACCCAUGCUGAGAAUGCCAACUAUUUAACAAUUCCCAUGAAAGCCCAAAAACCCGAAGCAGCUUCUAAGCCCUUAGUGCCCUCCCAUCCAGACCACACUUUGAUCAGUUCCAAUGUGUUCUUCCAGCCAGGCGGGGAAGCACCCGUGAGCACAAUAAGCAAUGAGUCUCCACAGUUGAAAGCGCCAGAGGGCAAGGCAGCCGCAGACCACUCCGUGAAUGACCGGCCAAGCCAUGUUCAGCCCCAUCACAGAGUCAACGACUCACCCAAUUUCUUGAGGAGGAACAACGGUGUUUCACCAGGCAGUAGAAGUGUCCCUAGCCCCACCAGGUCUUUUGCUCCCCAGCCCCAGGCUCACAGGAAAAUGCUCAUUGAUCCAGACAGCGGGAAGUGCUACUACAUGGAACCUCCCAGACAGCCGCAGCUGAAAAUGCUCUAUGACCCAGAGACAGGCCAGUACCUUGAAGUGUUGAUACCCCCAGUCCCCUUGGCAUCACAUAGUAGGCUUUACCCAUCUCCUUUUAACCCAUUGGUCAUGAAUCCAGGGGUUUACGGACCUCCCUACAUACCAUAUCCGGGAUUCCCAGGGUUUCCUCCUCCUCCUGUGGCAAUGCCAUCUGUCCAUCCCGAUCUGCCAAAUCAACAGCCCGGUCAAGAAAAUACAAAUGUAACUGAAACCUUCAGCCCUAGUCCAAAAGGCGAAGCUCCACCAGCUACUCAAGCCACUGACUGCAACUACAUGGAGAGUUUAUAUUAUAUUCCUACUGGGAUGAAUUCAAGUCCUAGCCCUAAUCAGCCUUUAUUCUCCCCAGCUACAAGUUCCAGUCCUUCCAUGCCAGAGAAAGGGCCCUUGUUCCGGAUGUAAGACCCUCACCCAAAUGAACAUGCAGCACACGAGGGUUAAAAGUGGGUUUCCCUCAAUGAAUGUAUAUUGCUAUUUAUUUCUGAACAUUCGUACUUGAAAACAAGUCAAGCCUACACCAGUCCCCAAGAUGUGGUGGAAAAGGAGAGAGGCCCACUGCCUGACCCCGCUGGUUACACUUUGCUCCCCUUGUCCAGAUGUUUGGGCUUCCGAAGCAAAUCAGAGGUAACAUUGCACCAAGAAGACGGCACGGUGCACAUCACUUCCUGUUCAUCUCAUUGGUUUCUAAUGAGAAUGCAGAAUGCAGUAGCCAGACUAAUUAAAUGUAACCAGCCCUGACCAUCCUGGUGCUUGUGAAGUCAAUGGGAGUUUUGCUAUUGAUUUCAAAGGGACCAGGAUUUAGCCUAGCAGCCUCUCAUCCAUAACUGCUGAGCUGUUUCUUGAUGCACAGAACAAAGUAUUCUAAUGCUGGGCCUGAUCCUGGGAGGUGCAGUUCACCAGCCACCAGAGUUAUGUGUGCUCAGCACUAAGUGAAUCAGGAUUGGGCCCUGUGCCAGGUAAUUGUCAUUUUAUUUUGGUUUUUGCUUAGUCUGUGUUGGUAGGACACUGUCCAGGAGAAACCCACUCUCUCGCUUUGAAAGACAAAACUUCCACUCGUCAGCAUUACAGAAAUUACCCACACAACCUAGCUUGUAUUUGUAAAGAUCGCUGUUUCAAGGUGCUGCACACAUGAAAGCUGGACUGCAUACCACCUCCCGGAUUGUUUUGUUCUGUCAAGCAAAGAGUCUGUGCAAAGGGGAGGGCAUGCUGCGUUAUGGGCAAUGGUCACUGGCUGGGAAAUUAUUUCAGGGAAGUUUUCUACCCUGCAGGAGGGCAGCCUGGCUGGUCACAGUGUGACAGCCUGGGAAUCUGUGAGAGCUGUUAUGGAACUUGUCCAAGAAUUUUCAAUAUUAGCAAAAAGGGUCAAUAAUCAUUUUUUAAAAUAGGUUCUCAGACCCUUGGGAAAUCUUAGCUGUUUCCGGCUGCUUUGGGGGACUGGCUGGGUGAAAUGCAUGCCCUGCAGAGGGAAGGUACCUCAUGUAAGUCCUGCUUAAACUCUUAAGGCUCUUACCUGCCAGCUUAAGCUCUUAUCUGGACACUGCAAACAGUUGCAAUGUGGGCUUGGCGUUGCCUUUUCUUGCAAUGAUUUGUACUUGUUCUGACAUAUUUUUCAUGGUAUCAUUAAUCCUUUGGUUUCUUUGGCCUACACACUCCCCAGGUAUGUCUAUACUGCAGUAGGGUUGGUCGCAGCUCGACUAGACAGAUUCAAGCUAGCUAGCUCUGGUGCGAGAGCAGCACAGCCAUGGCAGUAUGGGCUAACCCAGCAAGUCAUUACCCAGGCUAGAUUAAAAGAUUGCAAGUUGCAACUCAAGUUGCACUCAUACCCCGUGACUUCAGUGUAGUCAUACCUCCCCACCCCACACCGGCUCAGAUCCUCAGCUGGCUUAAAUCAGCUCGGUACCACUGAAAUCAUAUGAGCGAUGCCUGUUUUCCCCUGCUGAGGUUCUGGCCCAAAGAACUGAGUGAGAAAUAAUUAAGGAAUCUGGCACUUUUGUCCCUUUGCUGUAUAGAAAAGAAAAAUUACUAUAUGUCCAAAACACUUCUGUUAAUAACAAUUAGGAUAAUUAAUGUAUUUAUGUGCAUUGUGGCAGCGUCAAGGAGCCGCAAUCAUGGCCCAGGUGCUGUACAAACACCAACAAAAAGACAGUCCCUGCCCCAAGGAGCUUCCAAUCUAAAUAUAAGACAAAAGACAACAGGUGGAGACAGACAGGCAGGCAGACAAGGGGGCACAAGGAAACAAUAGGAUGAUAUGGGUCAGCAUGGGAGGCAGUGGCUAUUUAGUGAUGUAUUUAGUAAGUUGCAUCUUAGUGCUCAGCAGAUGGUCAGUGCUGGAACAAAGGGAUCCAGUCCAACCCCCUGGAGGUGUGGAAAAUAAGCGAGCAGUAGGAAGAGUGAGAAGGGAAUUAAUCAGUUAUUAAACUUCUUCCAGUGUAAACGAUCAGAGCUGCUGCUGGUAACCUGGUUACAGAAACUGUGUUUGCACAAGUUCUAAACUUGACUCUGUGGCCAGGGGAGGUCCUGCCUCUGCCCACAUUCAAAAUGCAGGCAGUCCGCUGGUGUAGAAAGCACAUCACAUGCUCCAGCUUGGCGCUAGACCCAGCCUGCAGGCCCAAUCCCGCGGCCCUCAUCGGCGCGAGUGGCCUUUGCCCCCCGCAGGAAUCCCACUGACAUCAGGGGCAUUGCUCAGGUGAAGAACUGUACGUCUGAGCACACCUCACAGGAUCGGGCCCCAGGGGUGUUUGAACUCCAGAGUCCAGGGCGGUGGUGCAGAGCUCUUGCUGCUGCUUUGCGGACAGCUCCCUGGUCACGGGCUCGCUGGUUUCCAGCUGUUCUGCAGGUGUCAGGCUCAGUGCGAGGAAGCAACUAGAGAGGCUGGAAACAAAGCAGAACCAGCCCAGCUGCCUCUCCUAGGAGCCACUGCCCCACAAGAGGAGAGGAAACAGGAGCAGCCCUCAGGGACCAGUCACCCAGGGGGAAGGACUAUCUGCGGUGCAGAGAGUGAGGCUGCUCAGCAGUCUGUGGUGGGGAGAAACAUGUGGCUGGUUCAGGGGAGAAGGGAGCAGAAGCAAUGUGGGGGGAGGUGGAAUGAGAGCAAAGGGCGACAGUGUUAGAGGGGAGAUAUGCCUCUCUGAGGCCAGAGUGUAGGCUGGGCCCCAUGCAGGGUUUUAACUUGGUUUAAUGAGAAUCUAGCUAACAGCUCAACAUUGCUAUGCUUUAGAGCUGCCAGCCCUGGAGUAGUUGGGCGUCCUGGCUGGGCAGGAGCCAGAGGUGGUGGAUCCAGCCGUGCUAGACUCCUUGGAAUUGAUGUCUGGUCAGGUGAAAGGGGGGUUAAUGCAGGUUGAAUAGUGAGUGUGAAAUGGAAAGGGGUAAUUUAAUAGUGGUGCAUAAAGGUGAACUGCAAA